AUGAUUCUUUUGACAAACAGAGACUCUUCGCGACUAUCUUUAAUCCACCACGUAUUGCCAAUGGAGAAGGUUCUACUCUUGGAACCCUCGUUUUCGAUAUUGAACUUGUCAGCACCAGACGCCUUAACCGAUGAGUCAUACUACCAUUCACAGCAGUUCGUUGAAAUGAGGACUUUCAAAGAACUAGAAAUUGACUCAGCUCUCUUCACUCACGUUUUCUGCGCUUUCGCUGAUCUCAACUCUCAAACCAAUCAAGUCACUGUCUCCUCCGCGAACCAACCGAAAUUCUCCACUUUUACGCAAACCAUAUCAUUGACUCGUCUAUAUCUUGAUUGGGAGUAUCCAAGCAGUGCAACGGAGAUGAGCAAUUUGGGGACGCUACUUCGAGAAUGGCGAUCUGCGUUUGCGGCAGAAGCUAGUAGCAGCGGUAGACAGCGUUUGCUUUUGGCGGCUGCUGUUUUCUACUCCAACAAUUAUUAUUCGAUACUGUACCUGGUUCAAGCCGCUGCCGCUAGCUUGGAUUGGGUAAAUCUUAUGGCCUAUGAUUUCUAUAGACGGGGUUGGUCUAGAGUGACCGGUCCACCAGCCGCUCUGAAUGAUCCUUCAAACGCAGCCCAUCCAUCAAUGUACAAUACGUCUACCCAUCAGGCAAACACUUUCGAUUCAAAAUCAGAGAAGAAGGGGAGUUUAGUCAGAUUACAGCUCGUGUCUCGUGAGAGUAACUCUGCCUCUACUUGUUUGGAUAUAGCAUUCGGAUUGAAGCGCUCUCUCGAAGUUAUCCUCCGCUCGCUUGACAACUGGCUGCAACAAGGGUUGGAAAUGGAGGAAGAAUAUGUCAGCUUACUGAUGCACUGUUAUGCACAAAACUGCACGGGCGCGAAGAUGAGUGAAGACUGCAUACAACUAGAUUUGCACGAGUUUCUGGGUCUUUCGCAUCAUGCAAUGAGCAUAAGCAUCCAUGUUUCAGUACCUAACUCAUUUAUAAACGAUAUGCUUCCUCAGAAUAACCCAUAUGCAUGGAGCAAACCGCCUUGCCGUUGGGGAUCAAGAUUUUCAUUGGGUACGUGUCGGAGAAAUUCUCCAAGAUUAGAUAAGCUUCCUGUAUCUUGGGACCUCCCUGAGAUCAUACAAAAGUUCCAUAUUAGGAACAUUAACAAUAUCUCUACACUAAUAUGGAAAAGAAAAACGGAAUGGGUAUUCAUAACAAUAUACUACUGCCAGGAUCAACCAUGCGUUCGCGAGUUGAGUGAGUGUGUGGUCUUCAUCAAUCUGUUGCAUCACUCUCAGCUGUUUCUCUGCAUCUGUGCAUCUUUAUGA